AUGACCAACACUUCGAACACGAUGCCAUACAUCAAGAGCGAACCGGAUGAAUAUGGCAACAAUCCCCGGCGGUUCGUGUCUGCCUCAACGUUUGGGAACUCUCAGAACUACGGGAGUCAAUUCGGGAAUGCCCAAGAUGGCACAAGCAUAGACCCAACCGAGCUGUCCAUGCAGAACGCCGGUCUCGGUGGGAUGCAAUACAACAACUUUGCCGGCGGAAACAUGUCGGCUAGUUUCAGUAUGGGUAACUCAGGUUACGACGACAACGAAUUGUUGGAGAGUCUCGACUUUGGGAACAAUGGCGCAGGAUUGCUCGACGACUUCUCCACGAUGCCGCAACAGCAGACCAACAGUAUCAGAGGCUCAGGUGCCAUUCCCAUGGCCCAAGGUAGCCAGUUGUCCAAUAUGUACUCCAGUACUCCAGACGGGCCUCCUAUUCAAAGUCCUUUCUUGGGCACGUUCGACUACACCCAGUUCCGGCCAAUGGGCUCGAUACCACAACAUAUGUCACCUCUACAAGGAUCGCAGUUCGGGAAGCGUCCCAGUGUCCAGUCCGCGAAUCGAAAGUCAUCAGAACAGAGAACUCCUGUGACUCCGCACUCUUCAGCUAUGGCGGGCCUUCACAUUGGAACUCCAGAAUCCGGUAGCCUCGCAAAUGGUCGACCGAUCAGAGCACCAAAUCUGCAGAGCAGACACUCCAAAACGCUUUCUGGCCAGUAUGACAGCACCCCCGGAAGUCUGCACUCAUAUCUAGACUCGCCUUUGUCAUCGCCUGGCGCUGGUCUCCAUCAUGCAGGUAUCUCGGAAACCCUCGGUACCAGUCAGCAUGCCUCCUUGCCGGCCAAGGUCGAGAACGGACUCAGCAAUUCAGAGACGGUAGAAGCAAAAAAGCGAAGACGACGAGCUUCGCACAAUGCUGUUGAACGACGGCGCCGGGACAAUAUCAACGAGCGUAUCCAAGAUCUGUCACAUCUUGUGCCACUGCAUCGUCUCGAAGAUGACAAGGUCAAGAAGCAACUUCAGACCAAUGGGCCACUGUCGCCGUCUGUGGGUCCCACAAGUAUGAGUCCUCCGAAUGCAGCGACCUCAUUGCUCGCAGGGGCUGCAGGUCGGCGUGCCGCGAGCACGGCAGGCAACAUCACGAUUGGGCUCCCCAUAGAGGAAAAAGAAAAAGGACCCAACAAGGGUGAUAUUCUCAACGGCGCAGUCAGCUGGACACGUGAUCUGAUGUGGGCGCUGUUUCAGAAAUACCAACAAGAAGAUGAAUUGGCUCAAUACAUUGCGUCGAUCGGCGGUCAGUGGCCGUUUCAGAUUACGGACGAUGAGAAGCGCAUGCGGUCCGAGCUGAUGGAUGCAAUGGAAAAGAACGAUUCCAGCACAUUUGCGUAUUCGAGACCCGAUGGUAGUGGACUUCGGGUUCCUCGACAUACCAACGUCGCCGGCGAAAGACUGCAGAGCAAUUCAAGUCUCAGUCCACAGAGCAAUUUCGAGCUCAGUCCGGGCUUCCACAGUGGAGGUAGUGGCACUAACAGUGGCAGCAACGGACCUGGACAACCUCAGUUCUGGCACAGUGCCGGUCACUCGGGGAUCAGCUUUAAGGAAGAAGACGAGUUUAUGGAGAUGAAUUGA